UUUUCUAUUUUCUAAAAAUGAUAAAUUUUCCAUUAUCUCCUAAACACAUCUCUCUCGCUCUCUCUCUCUCUCUCUCUCUCUCUCUCUCUCAGCCAAUUCGAAGCUUCGAAUGGGAGCCAAAGUCCUUACACGGUAUCCACCAUUGCAGCAGGGGCCUUCGCGCACUAUCGCAGGCUUCGCAGCAACAGGAAGCCUCUUCUCUCACCGUCGAGGCUUCACAGCAGUGUGGUCGAUUUCGUCGUCAAAAAAUUCUCUGCAAAAGAGCAAGAUUCCGAUAUCAUUUCUAGGUUCAUUUCCAGCGGAAAAACUGAAAGUGAGGUUUGGAUUGAAUAAUUUACCUCGAGGUCCUCCCUUAGUUUAUCCCGUGAAGUGUGAAAAGAAGGAUGAGUCCAUUAAGGAAAUAUCUGUUGAGCGCCCACCGUACUACAGUUAUAUGGACUCCACAUCUGGGCAGCUUGAACCUGCCUCUGGUGCACGUGCAAGUAUCCCUGGACGAGAGUACUGGCCAGAGGGCACAGCUGAACGUAUCAGGGCUGCCAGGGCUCCUGAACCGACUGGCAAGUCAAUGGGAACUCCGUCCUAUGGGAAAAAGCCUGGAAGUAGGAGGAAGAAGUACAGGACAGCGGCUUCUGCCCCUGAAUCCUCAGCAACAAGCAUUGAGUCAAGUGAUCCAGUGGCUACAGUAACUUCAGAUGACGGACUGGAAGAGCCCACAUAUUUUUCCUCUGAAUAUGUUACCUAUGAGGCAGAACCUAAGGAAGAGGAGUUGACUGGAUACGAAUUAGAUAAGAAGCUUGGCUAUCCUCAUCCCUUCGUUGAUCCAAAAGCAAAGAAGCCAAUAGAGAAUACACUCCCAGAUGAAGAACUAUGGUGGAACUGGAAGAAGCCAGAAAAGGAACAGUGGUCUAGAUGGCAGAGGAGGCGACCUGAUGUUGAAACGGUGUUUCUCAAAGCGAUGGCAGAGACUGGGCAAAUAAAACUUUAUGGUGAACAUCCGACCUUAACUGAGACUUCUCUAUAUCGAGCUAGACGGCACAUAUUUAAAGCGGAGAGGUUACAGGCUGAACAAGAGAGAUUGGAAAAAAUAGGCCCAAUUGCGUACUACUCAGAGUGGGUUAAGGCAUGGGACAGGGAUACUUCACGCGAAGCAGUUCAGAAGCAUUUUGAAGAGACUGGUGAAGAUGAAAAUACCCAACUCAUUCAAAUGUUUCAGUGUCAAACUGAUCGUGAAUACCGUAUUAUGAUGGGGACUGAUAUUCGUAUUCGUAGGGAUCCUUUAGCAAUGCGAAUGCGAGAGGAUCAGAUUAGGCAAAUAUGGGGUGGAGAUCCAGUUUACCCAACUGUAAACUACAUUCAUGAUCCAAAUGAAUUAGCUGAUUACAGAGGUCCAGAUUUUCAUGAACCAACACCCAACAUUCUAGAUUAUCUGAAGGAGCAUGGAAAAAUCAUACCACGGGAGGAGUUUGAAAAAAAACUUGCCGAAGAGAAGAAUGCAACAGGGCUUAAGCAGAUGACAGAUAUGGAUGAGGCCAUGGCACGAGCUGUUGACAUUGGUGAAGAUGAUGAUGAAGCAGAGGAUAGUGAAGUUGAGGGUGAUAGUGAAGCAGAGGAGAAAAUUACACGAAAUUGGAGCGUACUCAAAAGUAUGCCACAGCUUCGCAAAUCAAAGGGGAAGCCUAAGAAGGAGGGUCCUUUGUCUCUGGAAGAGGCCGUAGACGAUUCUGAGAACUUAACUGAUUUUCUUAUGGACUUUGAUGAGGAGCAAUGACAAUUUUUCCUUCAAAAUAUAAGUUUGUGAGAUGUAAGUGGAAAAUCAUUGACAUAAGCAACAUGUCAUGUCAUGUCAUGUCGGGAAGCAAGAGUCUUAAAUCUUUUAUAACGGAACCAACUAAUAUUAGUUAGCAUGAUAAAAUUUCACCUGUAAGUUAAUUAGUAUGAUACUAACUCUCUACGUUUAUUAAUAUAAAACUAAUUUUACAUUUGAUUUAUAGAA